AUGUGUAUAAUCAGACUGAAGGGAAGAUUUAGAAAUGUAACGUUGGUCUCUGUCUAUGCCCCUACAGAAGAUGCUGAUGAGCAGGUAAAAGAAGAUUUCUACGACAUGUUAACAAGUAAAUUAGAACGGAUUAGCCAACACGAUAUGGUACUGGUCUUGGGGGAUCUGAAUGCUCAAGUAGGGAGAGAAAGUGCCCUUAGGUCAGUGGCUGGAAAAUAUUCACUCCAUGAAGAAUCCAAUAGUAAUGGGUUUCUAGUUGCGCAGUUUGCAGAGAGCAACAGAUUGAUUAUCAGGAGUACCUGCUUUCCUCAUAAAAGGAUACACCUGGGAACAUGGAAAGCACCGGGCACCGAAAUUGUGAAUCAGAUUGAUCAUGUUUUAGUAUCUGCAAGGCAUGCCUCGGGUGUAUUGGAUGUGCGUACAAUGAGAGGACCAAACUGCGACUCUGACCACUUCAUGGUUAGAGCUGUAAUACGAUUUAGACUGGCCAAUAUACGCAAGGAGAAUGGGGUGAAAAGGUGCAAGUGGGAUGUCAGUAAGUUGAGGAUGGAUAGAGAGAGACAGAUAUUUCAAAAUGAUCUAGAUAGAAAGUUUGGACAGAGCGAAAUGGAAGAAGCGGAUGUGAAUGUUCAGUGGAAGAGGAUACAGAGCAUUCUAGAGAGAUCUGCCAAAGAGACCAUAGGGGUAGAAAAAAUGGCAAGAAAUCAGGAAUGGUUCGAUAGGGAGUGUGAAGAAGCAAUUAGGGAAAGGAACGAUGCUAGAAAUAAGAUGUUGCAAAGAGAUACAAGAGGAGCUAGAGCAAACUACAAUUUAUUAAGAAGGAGAGCAAAAUCAAUUCUAAGGUCGAAAAAGAGAGAAGCAAUCAAGCAAAAGAUUCUACACCUACAAACAUUGAGUGAAACCAACCAGAGUAAAAAAUUGUACAAAGAAGUGAACUGGUUCAGAAAAGGGUUCCAGGCAAGGUUGAACGGCUGUAAAGACAAAAAUGGGCAUGUGGUUAGUAAUGAGAUGGUCUUGAAUAGGUGGACCGAGCAUUUCGAGGAGGUGUUGAAUGAGAGAGAAGAUGGACAGCCAAGCCGUCGUUUUGAAAUGCCACACAAUGUUGACAGGGAAGAUGAAGAAACUGCAGAACCUACCAUUCAAGAACUAGAGAGAGCAAUAGCAGCUCUAAAGAACAAUAAAGCUCCUGGUGAGGAUGGCAUUCUCAGUGAGAUGAUAAAGAGUGGAGGAGAUGUAUGA